AUUUCCUGUGUUAUUGUCGGCUUCCGUUUGGGUAAAAAACAUCUCCUAAAUUAGAAGGGGAAGAAAAAGAAAAAGAAAAAGAAAAACGAAGAACAAAAACAGUGGUACGUAGUACAGAUUACGGAGUAUAUUGUUAGCUAGAUUCAACAUGAUUUAAUAACUUUUUCGUGCUCCAAUAUAUAAUUUCCCAAUUAGCAAAUGGGAUUUCAUACUCGUAUUUAUUCUAGAGGUACUACUAAUAUAUUUCUGGUUAGUACAAUUGUAAUCUUGCAUUUUACUAGUUCAGUGGAAUUUGAGUCUUCUUUAAUUCAGCUCCCACGAUCUGGGUUUUCAAGAAAUAGAAGAGGAAGAGUAGAGCGUGUUCUUCGUGUUACUGCAUAUGGUGCUGUUGGUGAUGGUGUUCAUGAUGAUACUGAGGCGUUCAGAAAUGCAUGGAAAGUGGCAUGUUCUUCAUCUCAUCGAUCAACGAUCAUCAUUCCAGAGGGAUUGAAUUAUUUGGUACAGCCAAUUGAUUUUGCUGGGUGUCAUGCUGAAGUGACUCUAAGGAUUCUUGGAGCAAUUACUGCUCCUAAAGAUCCUAAAUUAUGGCUUGGUUUGAACCCUCGAAAAUGGCUUUAUUUUCAUAGUGUAAAGCGCCUAACUCUAGAAGGUGGGGGCACAAUCAACGGAAUGGGUGAGACAUGGUGGGCUCUGUCCUGCAAGACCAAUAAAUCAAUGCCUUGCCAUCAUGCUCCCACGGCUGUUACAUUUCACAGGUGCAAGAAAUUGAAGGUUAGAAAUAUCAGUAUCAUUGACAGUCAACAAACGCACCUGUCCUUUACCAAUUGCCGUAGAGUUGUGGUUUCCAAUGUCACACUAACAGCGCCAGCGGAAAGCCCAAAUACUGAUGGAAUCCACAUUAGUGCCUCUUCUGAUGUUCAAGUCAUUGAUAGUAAUAUUAGAACUGGUGAUGAUUGUAUUUCUAUUGUUAGCAAUUCCUCAAGAGUUGUAAUCACAGGUCUUUUUUGUGGCCCUGGCCAUGGCAUAAGUAUUGGAAGCUUGGGAAAAUCUAAUGAAUGGGCAGCGGUGCAGGAUGUAAUGGUUGAUGGGGCAUACCUAUCUAACACUCAGAAUGGUGUAAGAAUCAAAACCUGGCAGGGAGGUGCCGGGUAUGUGUCAAGGAUUACGUUCCAAAACGUGUGGAUGGAAAAUGUCUCUAACCCGAUUAUAAUUGAUCAAUACUACUGUGACGCUCCAAAGCCAUGUGAAAAUCAGACAUCAGCAGUACAUGUUGGUCAAAUAUCAUUUGUGGGCAUCAAGGGAACUUCAGCAUCUGAGGAAGCAGUAAAAUUUUCUUGCAGUGAUAGCAGUCCUUGCCAUGGGUUAUAUUUGGAGGACAUCCAGCUCAUAAGUUACACAGGAAUCACAGAAUCAUUUUGUUGGCAAGCGCAAGGUUCAAGUUCUGGGAUUGUGUAUCCUCCCCCAUGCUUUACAACCAACAAAAGCACGAUCAAGCAAAAACCAUCUUCCGACUCCCUUCAUUAUUCAAGUUGACCCUGGAAAAUCAUCUGCUUAGUCCCCGUUUAGUUCACCUUAUUUCUCCUUAUCUGAUAUGAACUUAUUUUUUCUCAUCUGAUCUGAUCCAAGGUGAACUAAACAAGGCCUUAUAGCAAGAAGAGGAAUAUGAAAUAAGGUGAACUAAACAGGGCCUUAUAGCAAGAAGAGGAAUAUGAUACUGAAUGCGAUGGCUACUUCUGCAAUGUCACGAGCUUUAUCCUCUGAGAGGACAUUGCAGAGUGCUUGUCAGAAUGAAGAAGCUUGAAAAGUUUGAGGGAUGUGUUAUUGUAGUUACCUUGUGUGAAUAUAUGUCUGAACAUAGUAUUCAUUUAUUUAUGUAUGAAAUAAAACAUUGAGAUGCAUUUUAAAGAAGCUGUAUUGCCUAUA